AUGUCCAUGCGCCUUGCGCGCUCUGCCACAGCAGCCACAUCGAGUGUAGGCCGCUCCUCGUCAUGCAAAGGUGCUCGAGUGCUAAGCACUUCAUGUGCCAGAGCCAUCAACACACCCGCAACAGAGUCUACGAGAGCAGCAGGGAUCGCCUCAAGGCAGUCUCAGAUCAGAUCCAUCUCUUCUACGCCCUCCAACGAUGUCUCAGCCACUCCCCUCGCCAACCCUAAGGGCGCAGAGUGAGUCACCUUUGCCAUCGCUCUUGCUUGCACCCAGUCGGAUCUUGCUGAUCAUCUCUCCUCUCGUGUGCUGUUUCAACGUCAAAGGCGACCUGAGCCAGCAAGCACUUUCCAGCAGUCGCCAGAGCCAUCUCCCAUCCCAAUCAGGUCAGCCGACCUGGAUCACUCCUUUGUUGGCAUGUCCGGAGGAGAAAUCUUUCACGAAAUGAUGCUCAGGCAUCAGGUCAAGCACGUCUUUGGGUACCCGGGUGGCGCAAUUUUGCCAGUCUUUGACGCCAUUCACAACUCCAAGCACUUCCAAUUUAUCCUACCCAGGCGAGAAGAUGGUGCCGGACACAUGGCCGAAGGCUACGCUCGUGUAACCGGUAAGCCAGGUGUCGUGCUUGUCACUUCUGGUCCAGGCGCCACAAAUGUCAUCACCCCAAUGCAAGACGCUAUGAGCGAUGGUACACCUCUCGUCGUCUUUUGCGGCCAGGUAGCCACCAGCGCCAUUGGCAGCGACGCCUUUCAGGAAGCAGACGUUGUCGGUAUUUCACGCAGCUGCACAAAGUGGAACGUCAUGGUCAAGAAUAUUGCCGAGCUGCCUCGCCGCAUCAACGAAGCCUUCAAGAUUGCCACAUCAGGCAGACCAGGACCUGUGCUCGUCGACCUGCCCAAGGACGUCACUGCCGGUAUCCUAAGACAAGCCCUACCUUAUUCGCAGACGCACCCUUCUCUAGCCGCCUUGCCGUCCAGAGCUACAGCCAGAUCUUCUCGCAGCAGAGCGAUCCGUCACCAAUCGCAGCCAGCUGGGCCCGGAAGCCUGCCCGAUGAGGCCCCCGAAAUCGCAGAGGCAGCGCGUCUCAUCAAUGGUGCCAAGCGCCCAGUGAUUUACGCUGGCGCUGGAAUGCUCUCGACUCCCCAAGGCCCAGAGCUACUCAAGGAACUCUCCGAGCGUGCAGGUAUUCCAGUAACCACCACCCUCCAAGGUCUUGGUGCCUUUGACGAGCUCCACCCGCUUUCUCUGCAUAUGCUUGGCAUGCACGGAUCGGCGUACGCCAACCUGGCGAUGCAGGAGGCAGAUGUCAUUAUCGCGCUUGGUGCACGCUUUGAUGACCGCGUCACUGGUCGUGUGGACAAAUUUGCGCCUCAAGCUCGCGCAGCAGCCCUGGAAGGUCGCGGGGGUAUCAUUCACUUCGAGAUCAUGCCAAAGAAUAUCAACAAGGUGGUACAAGCUACUUGCGCACUGGAGGGAGAUGUCAUUGCCAAUUUGGCCAAGGUCCUGCCUCAGGUCGAGCAGAAGACACAUCCCAAGUGGCACGCACGUAUCGCGGACUGGAAGCAGCGUUUCCCGUUCACGUACUACCCGUCUGAUCCAUCCAAGGGCGAGUUCCCCAAGCCUCAGGAGGUGAUUGAAGAGCUGGACAGGGCUAUCGAGCCUCGCAAGGAAAAGACCAUCAUCUCGACCGGAGUCGGACAGCACCAAAUGUGGGCGGCUCAGCACAUCCGAUGGAGGCAUCCCCGCUCUUGGGUCUCAUCUGGUGGUCUCGGAACGAUGGGCUUCGGCGUUCCCUCAUCUGUCGGAGCCAAGGUAGCCAGACCAGACUGCACUGUAGUGUGCGUGGAUGGAGAUGCCAGCUUUAGCAUGACAGCUAUGGAGCUUGCUACAGCCAACGAAUUCAACGUGGGCGUCAAAAUCCUGGUGCUCAACAACGAAUUUCAAGGAAUGGUGCUGCAAUGGCAAGAUCUCUUUUACGAGCAGCGCUACUCUGGAACGAGGAUGACCAACCCGGACUUCUGCAAACUGGCCUCGGCUAUGGGUUGCCACACUAUCCACUGCGACUCGCUCACCGACCUGCCGGCCAAGAUGAAGGAGUUCAUCGAGUACGAUAAUGAUAGACCGGUCCUGUUCGAGUGCCGCGUCGUCACUGCCGAGCAUUGCUACCCUAUGAUCGCCGCCGGCUCCGCGUUGCACGAGAUGACGAUGCACCCGAGCCUCGUCGAGUAAGUGUCGAAAUCUCAUCUCUUCACGCCGCUACUGGCUUCCGCUGAUCUUUUCCUUCUCUGUUCUCUUCGCAACCACUCAGGGGCUUCAAAUCCAUCAAGCCGGCAAACGCCUAA